AUUCGACGUAACUGGAAGGUGCUCUGUAGAAGAAGAACGUAACUUGUAUUCUGGUAUUCUCCCGUCCCGCCGCUGUGCCAUCGAUGAGUUCGGUGCUCGUCUUWUCGUGCCUUUCCUCCUCUAGCGAUUGGAUUGGCCUUUCUGUCGCUCACGUGCUUCUUGUUUGGAAGUGAGCAAACAUGGCUGCGCCCACGACCGAAGUUGAGAUAGUUCCAGUCAAAAAGCUUACAGCGCGGGGCCCUCGACGGGUAGCCAAUCAGAUUCCAGAUGAAAUCCUCCAAGACCCUGAGCUACAGGAAGCCAUCAAGGUCCUGCCGUCAAAUUACAACUUUGAGAUCCACAAGACUGUUUGGAGAGUGAGACAAGCAAAAGCGAAGAGAGUUGCUUUGCAGCUUCCGGAGGGCCUGCAGAUGUUUGCUUGUGCCAUUGCCGACAUCAUAGAGAGAUUCACGGAGGCGGACACCAUCAUAAUGGGGGACGUGACGUAUGGCGCCUGCUGCGUGGACGACUUCACUGCCCGUGCCCUGGGAGCAGAUUUCAUGGUUCACUAUGGCCACAGCUGUCUGAUCCCCAUAGACUCCACCACGGGGAUCAAGAUGCUGUAUGUGUUUGUGGAUAUCCAGAUGGACAAUGCACACUUCCUGGACACAGUGAAGUUCAACUUCCAUCCUGGACAAUCCCUGGCACUUGUCAGCACCAUUCAGUUUGUUGCAGCAUUGCAGGCUGUGAGUGCAGCCCUGAGGCCAGAGUAUGAUGUGCUUGUCCCCCAGUGUCGGCCUCUGUCACCGGGAGAAAUUCUAGGCUGCACCUCUCCACGCUUGGAUCGCCACGUCGAUGCCAUAAUUUAUCUUGGAGAUGGAAGAUUUCACUUGGAGUCGAUCAUGAUCGCAAACCCAGACAUUCCUGCCUACAGAUAUGACCCCUACAGCAAGGUGUUCUCCAGGGAGUACUAUGAUCACAAGGCCAUGCGCGUCAGCAGGCUGCAGGCCAUCGACCAGGCUCGGCUGGCCCAGAGAUGGGGUCUGAUCUUGGGCACACUGGGCCGACAGGGCAGUCCCAAAGUCCUGCAGCACCUGGAGACGAAGCUUGAAUCUCUGGGCAAGUCCUUCACUCGAGUGCUGCUCUCUGAGGUCUUCCCCAGCAAGCUGGAUCUGAUUCCAGACGUAGAUGCCUGGGUCCAGAUCGCCUGCCCACGCCUCUCCAUCGACUGGGGAACAGCCUUCUCCAAACCCCUGCUGUCUCCAUAUGAGGCGGCUGUUGCUCUGCAGGAAGUAGGCUGGGAGGAAGUGUAUCCCAUGGACUUCUAUUCCAAUCAGAGCUUGGGGCCGUGGGCGCCCAACCACCCUGAAAACCAGCCGCCUCGGCCCGCUCGGAGACACGCCCAGAAACAAGGCACCGAGCCAGCCCUUCCCGCCAAGAUGUGCGAGCAGAGUCGGGGCGCCCCCUGCGGAUGUGACAAGGGAACGACAGCCUCGUGACCGCUGCUGUCUGUGAUUCAUCUCAUGCCUGCCUCUUUUUACAGAGAGAAAGAGGUCAGAGGGGAGGGAGGGAGGGGAUGGGGGGGUGGAGCGGACCUGACGAGAAGCAAAGAGAGAAGAGUUUUUAUCCUCAUUAGCAGGAUUAGCAGCAAGAUCUAAUCCCUAAUCACAUCCCAGCAGAUCAAACAAACUCACAUUUUGACUGUAUGCUUUUUAUUUUUAAUGUGAGGGGUUUUGUCUCAUAACGGAGGUGUUUAUUUGCUUCAAAUCUACCUGCAUUGCACCCCCCACACCUCCUCCUCACCUUUUCUUCAGCACAGACAUUUGUGACAGAGAGAGAGAACCGGGAGCCGACCUUGAGCGGCGCCGUAUGGAAUAGAAGUCUGUUGACGUGGGCGUCUUCAGUCAAACGCAGCCCGUUUUGUCGGAAAGCGCUGUAAUUUGCCUGACAUUUCCCGAGCCACUCAGACGUUUUCUCUGUGUCUUUCUUUUCUUUUUUUUUUUUUUUUUAGUGGGGAGGCACUUCUGCGGACGUACAGGUGGAAAAAUAUCAACGCCGUCUGGCUCGCUUUGCCCACUCCCAUUUCCAGAACAAUAAAUCAGGAAUCGGACCCUGUGAAGUCUUUCUGAAACGCAGCGCGCCUGUUUACGAAGCCAAGAGCUGCGAGCUCCUAAAUAUGAGGAUGGAGAGCUAGUCACGACUGCUCUCCAUCCUCAUUAUUUAUUGAUGUUGGACCCUGUCGAUAAAUAAAUAAAAAAAAAGAAGAAGAGAAAAAAAAAACCAACCCCACUAUAUUGCUGUUUUCGCUGCAGCAGUAACUGAUUGACAGUAGCCGGCUGCGGCCUCAGAGGAAGAAGUUGUGAAACUUCCCUCACAUCACUGGCUUCUGUCUCAGGUGUAUAGAGUUGUCUUUUGGGGUUUAUGCAGCCACAGCUACUAGCAGACUUUUCUUGUCAUAUUCAUCAUCUGUUCUCCUCGGCAACAAAAAGUCAGCGUGUUGCAGUUCUCCCGCCAGUUAUCAAUAUUUUUCAUGACGCUCACCCCCCCGCUAGUAGCGGAUAUUUUAAAGCGCUUUGUACUCCCCAUCGCAGACUCUGUGAUCCUCAGUGGAGGGGUCAAGAAUAAAUUAUUGACCAGCAGAGCUCGCUCUCUCUCUUAUUUUUUUUCUCACUUAGCUGAUGUUUUAUUUAUUUUUAGCAUAUUCUGUCAGGAAAAAGGAGUGAGGGUUUUUUUUUUUUUUUAUAAAUCCUCUUUCCUUUCCCACAUAAAGUGCACUGCUUUUAAUCUGAAGUUGAUAUCAAUAAAAUAUAAACUGAUUUCUAAAUAUA